AAUUUGCGGCAGCACCGGCCGCAGCGCGCACUCCGUUGUUCUUUUUGGUUCUUUUUCGUUCAUGGCUCGUGGCACUGUUCAGAUCACAUCGCGAUGAAGCUGAACGUGUCUUAUCCCGCGACGGGAUGUCAGAAGCUGUUCGAGAUCUCGGACGAGCACAAGCUCAGGAUGUUCUAUGAGAAGCGCAUGGGUGCCGAGGUCGAGGCUGAUGCACUGGGAGACGAGUGGAAGGGCUACGUGGUGCGCAUCUCCGGGGGUAACGACAAGCAGGGUUUCCCCAUGAAGCAGGGUGUCCUGACAAAUGGCCGUGUGCGUUUGUUGCUUUCCAAGGGACACUCCUGCUACAGACCGCGACGAGACGGUGAGCGCAAGCGCAAAUCAGUUCGUGGUUGCAUCGUAGACUCAAAUUUGUCCGUACUAGCGCUUGUCAUCAUAAGGAAGGGCAAACAGGAAAUCCCGGGAUUGACUGACCUGAACGUGCCGCGUCGUCUGGGGCCGAAGAGGGCGAGCAAGAUUCGCAAACUCUUCAAUCUCUCGAAGAAGGAUGACGUUCGGCAGUUCGUGGUAAAACGACCGAUCCAAAAGGAGGGGAAGAAGGAACGGUUGAAGGCGCCGAAGAUUCAGCGUUUAAUAACUCCGAUUGUUCUUCAAAGAAAAAGACAUAGAUUGGCGCUGAAGAAGAAACGCUGCUUGGCUCGCAAGGAGCAGGCGGCAGAGUACGCCAAGUUGCUGGCGCAGAGGCAGAAGGAGGCGAAGAACAGGCGCCAAGAGGAGCUCAAGCGAAGGCGCAGCGCCUCCUUGCGCGAAUCCAAAUCGUCGACCCAGACGGCACCGGUCGGGGGCGCGCAGUAAAUUACCGAAUCCUGAAAUGUAUUUACACGUCAAUAAAAAAGAUUUCAACUA